AUGCUCGCGUCCUCAUCCGCGACAGCGUCGUUGAUCGACCAGCUGUUCGCUUUCACCCCUCUGGCCGAUUCGUCUGCCUCGGUCAAGACCAUCGCGCUGCUCAUCGUCCUCCCUGUCCUGGCGAUCGUGCUGAACGUCGCAUCGCAGGUGCUGCUUCCACCGUCGAAGUCUUCGCCGCCAGUGGUGUUCCAUUUUGUUCCGGUGAUCGGAUCCGCGAUCUACUACGGCAUUGAUCCGUACAAGUUCUUCUUCGAAUGUCGGGCCAAGUACGGCGACGUGUUCACCUUUGUUCUGCUCGGACGAAAGAUCACCGUCGCCUUGGGACCCAAAGGUAGCAACCUCGUGUUCAACGCAAAGCAUCAGCAGGUUACGGCGGAAGACGCGUACACGCACCUCACGACGCCCGUGUUCGGCAAGGAGGUGGUGUACGAUGUUCCCAACGCCGUGUUUAUGGAGCAGAAGAAGUUUGUCAAGGUCGGAUUGUCGGUGGAGAACUUCAGGGUGUAUGUUCCGCAGAUCGUGGAUGAGGUCAAGGAGUACAUCAAGAGCGAUCCGAGGUUCAAAGGGCUGAAGUCGAACAGGAAGAUCAAGGUGGACAUCUUUCAGGCGAUGAGCGAGGUGAUCAUCCUGACUGCUUCGCGAACGCUGCAGGGUAAGGAGGUCAGGCAAGGGCUCGACAAGUCCUUCGCUCAACUCUACCACGAUCUCGACUCCGGCUUCACCCCGAUCAACUUUGUCAUCCCCAACCUGCCGCUUCCGAGCAACUUUAAACGCGACAAGGCGCAGAAGAAGAUGUCGCAGUUCUACCAGGACAUUGUUUCGAAACGACGUGCAUCCGGCCACAACUCGGACGAGGGCGAUGGAGAGAACGACAUGAUCGCCGCGCUGAUGCAGCAAAAGUACAAGAACGGACGUGCGCUCAGCGGUGUUGAGAUCGCACACAUGAUGAUCGCGCUCCUCAUGGCGGGACAACACACCAGCAGUGCUACGAGCAGUUGGGCGUUCUUGCGUUUGGCUAGCAAACCGGAGAUCAUCGAAGAACUGUACCAGGAGCAAGUCAAGGUGUAUGGCGGUGAGGCGGAUGGAAGUCUGAGGGAGCUGGAUUACGAGACGCAAAAGACCGCGGUUCCGUUGUUGGAUGCGGUGGUGAAGGAGACGCUGCGAUUGCAUCCUCCGCUGCACUCGAUCAUGCGGUAUGUCAAGACGGAUCUCGCCGUACCCGCCACGCUCUCCGCCCCUUCCACGGGCGAUUCAGGGUACGUCAUCCCUCGCGGUCACUACAUCAUGGCUGCCCCCGGAGUCUCGCAAGUCGACCCACUCAUCUGGAAGUCUUCCUCCGAAUUCGACCCCCAUCGCUGGCUCGACUCCGCCACCGCCGCCUCCAUGCAAGACUCUGGCGAAGAAACCGAAGACUUCGGCUUCGGCAUGAUCUCCACCGGCGCCAACAGCCCCUACCUCCCCUUCGGCGCAGGACGUCACCGGUGCAUUGGUGAACAGUUCGCCUACCUCCAGAUCGGCGUCAUCAUCGCUACCUUCGUCAGGUUGUUCAAGUGGCAGCUCGAGAGCGAAUUCCCCGACCCGGACUACCAGAGCAUGGUCGUCCUGCCCAGUAAGAAGGGCAGUGCCAUCGUGCUCGAAGUCCGAGGUGACAGGUUGAACUUGGAGUAA